AUGGAUCCGAGUGUAGACAAAGAUCAAGCUAACGAUGCUAUGGCGGCAGAUGUGGAAAAUGCACUAGCAAACCAGCAGCCGUUUGAGGAGCCGACUUUCAUGCGGUCGUUGGAUUUGGAGGCCAUGCAUGCACCGGAGUUUUCUCAAUAUAUAAAUGCAGCAGAGCUUCCUAUUAUGACGGACGGUGAAUUCACCGUAGAAAUGGAAUUCAGUUCUAGGGAGGUAGUAAUUAAGGCGAUGAAAGAUUAUACCAUCCGUAGAGGUGUAGAUUAUCGAGUGCAUGAGUCGGAACCGACGACAUUCUAUGCUAAAUGUACCCAAUACGAUGUAGGUUGUGAUUGGCUGAUGAGGGUUAGCAAAAUGUCCAGGAAAUACCGCUGGGAGAUAAAGAGGUAUAAUGGUAGUCACACCUGUACUAGGGCCACCAUUACUCAAGAUCAUUCGAAGCUGGAUACCAAUACAAUUGCAAAAGCAAUAAAACCAUUGGUAGAAGUUGACCCAUCUAUAAAGGUGAAAUCAGUGAUUGUGGAAGUACAGUCGAAGUUUAACUACACCAAAAGUUAUCACAAAGCAUGGUUGGUAAAGCAGAAGGGAGAUGACUUGGUUCCUAAUAUUCGUGUACUACACCGAGUCUUCUGGAGUUAUUACCCUUGUAUUAGAGUUUUCAAACAUUGCAAGCCAAUAGUGCUGGAUGGCAAUAACAAUAUCAUGCCUAUUGAAUUUGCGAUAGUGGAGGGAGAGACAUCUGAGGCACAUAGAGUCCAACUUCUUGAGGAAGUUCAAGGCUCCGUAUCUGCAGAAGCUUAUCGUCAACAUCGGAUAUUCGAGGAUAGUUCGCGAGUACGAGAUGCAUUAUCAGCAUUUACACGAGCGGGUGAGGCUUAUACCAAUUGGUUGGAUCGGAUUCCACGUGAGCAAUAUACUUUGGCAUUUGAUGGGGAUACUGAUGGGAUCAUAUGA